AUGGCAGGAGUGAACGGGGAUCGGAAGGGGAAGAAAGACGACAAUGGGCUUGGGACAGCGAUCGACUUUGUGCUCUCAAACGCAAAGCUGGUGCUGGGAGUCGGGGGAGCAGCCAUGCUCGGGAUCGCCACACUGGCGGUCAAAAGAAUGUACGAUCGGGCUCUCAGUGCCCCAUCCAGUCCCACUAAAGCCGAACCGUCAGGACGGAGAAGCUGGGAGGAGCCGAGCUGGCUGGGGUCGUCGCCACGGACGUUGAACCAUGACAUGAAACAGAACAUCAGCCGCUCUCUACAGACGCUCCCUACCUCCUCCAGCUCCUUCAAGCCAGAUUCUUUACAUCGUGUUAUGGGUCGUGGUGGCGGCAGCUCUGGUAAGGCUGAACUCCAGAGGGCACGGCUGCGUCUCUCACUGCAGGAACACCUCUGGGCCUUUUUUCAUGAGCGAGUGGCGAUCCCCUCGGACGAGCAGGCCGUAGCUCGCCGUGCCGCGUUGGAUAUCUGUGCGGAGCUCCGAGUGUUCCUCCAUGCCAAACUACCUGAUAUGCCAUUACGAGAAAUGUACCUGAGCGGCAGUCUGUAUGACGACCUCCAGGUGGUGACUGCUGAUCACGCCCAGCUGAUGGUACCCAUGAUCCUUGAGAAGAAUCUCUGGUCACCCAUUCCUGGUGAGGACACCAUCAUGAACGUUCCAGGCUUCUGGCUGGUUCGUCGGGAAAACCUUGAGUACUUCCCGCGUGGAAGCAGUUACUGGGACCGUUGCAUGGUGGGUGGUUACCUUUCCCCAAAGAGCGUCCUAGAAGUUUUCGAGAAGCUCGUCGCCGGCUCCAUCAACUGGCCCGCCAUCGGUAGCGUUUUAGAUUACGUCAUUCGACCCGUCCCAUCGGAAACGCUUACGCUAGAAGUGCAGUACGAAAUGGACCGUCGCCUUUACGUGGACUUCCUCCCGUUGCUUGUUAUGGAGGACGGUGUCUCGCUGAUCGCCAAACCGCAUCGAUUGGCUGCCGAACGGCACGAGAACCUGUGGCGGCAAAGUUUUCGCGUGGCGGAAACGGCAAAGUUACGUGCCCUCGAUCAGGAAGAUGGCGGGUGCCGUUGCGCAUGUCUUAAAGUUGUUAAAGCCGUGUGUAAACUGAAUCCAGCGUUAACACGAUUAAAUGCAAGCCAGCUUACUAACGCAAUCCUCCUUCUGAGCGAACAGGAGGGUGAUUGGACUCAGGAAGCACUUGCUGACCGUUUUAUGCAGCUGCUUCGUGCACUAGUGGGACACCUAGAGGCUGGGAGGCUACCUAGCAUCUUAAAUCUCAAAGUCAAUCUGUUCUGUGAGCUAACGCCACAGGAAAUAGACGAACUGGGAUACACGCUUUACUGCGCAUUGUCCGACCCAGAGAGCCUUUUGAGAACUGUUUAACAACUCAUGCACAAACACUACCACAGUUUGGUCCACAGUUCAUACACAAACCAAAACAAUGGCAAUGUUUUCACGUGUGUCCUGUUCUGAGUAGAUCAGUAACCUCAGUUGUUUUUCUAUUAUACCAUCAGCAGUUAUUUUCAGGUACUAUGAACUCAUCUGUUGGUCAUAUUUUAUAUGGCCCUUCAUAUAUCAUUUAGGUGUUUUUUAGCUUUCUUAAUGCACAGUGAAGUGGCAUGAAGGCUAUAUAUCUAGUGGAGGAUCCGAUUCGAACUUCAUUGAUCA